AUGAAAAGCACUAUCGUCAAAACUGAGGUAUUCUUGGUUCUCUUCAUGUUGAUGAACUCUCUUUUUAUGAUCUUAGAAGCUCGCCCAUUCAGUAUCAUUGACAGAAAAAACUCUGAUACUAGAGAUGAAGUCGUCGAUUUUUUUGGUUGGUUAUCUCAUUCUGUUGGAGAAAUCAAGCAAGCCGUGCCAGUUGAGACUCUCGGAGGGAUUAAGGAUUCUGGUCCAAGUUCUGGAGGGGUGGGACAUAAAUUCACCAACGUAAACACACUCGGAGGGAUUAAGGAUUCGGGUCCAAGUUCCGGAGGGGUGGGACAUAAAUUCACCAAUGUAAACACACUCGGAGGGAUUAAGGAUUCCGGUCCAAGUUCCGGAGGGGUGGGACACAAGUUUACCAACAGGGAGACUCUUGGUGGGAUUAAGGAUUCGGGCCCAUCACCUGGCCAAGGACAUUGA